AUGGAGGGUGACAACAUGGAAGUUUGUGGUACUGGCGGAGGUGGAGGAGGAACUGGAUCGACUUCAAGAUGGAACCCUACGAAGGAGCAGAUAAACAUGCUGGAAAGUCUUUAUACGCAGGGGAUAAGAACACCCAGUGCGGAGCAAAUACAGCAGAUUACUGGAAGACUUAGAGCUUUUGGUCACAUUGAAGGCAAAAAUGUGUUUUACUGGUUUCAAAACCAUAAGGCAAGGCAAAGGCAGAAGCAAAAACAGGAAAGUGUUGCUUAUUUCAGUAGGUUUCUUCAAAAGACCGCUCACUCUCUCUAUCCCACUUCCUCUCCCAAUGUUAUUUGCCGUCCGUACUGUCUUCCACACUCACAUGAUUUAGGGUUAUGCCCUAAUCAGUGUCCUAAACUUCUUCCAGGUGGAUUUUCCAUGAGAUCAUCUUCAAUCUCCGAUCACCAGAAACCAGAGACUCCACCAACUUCCGAACUUAGAGGACAUGAUUUCCCCCACCAAGACUUAAAUCUACUGCUGCCGACCCACGAAAGUUACAAUGGAUUACCAGAUGCGAUAUUCAACUCUAAUGAGCAUCAGAUUAAUGACAAAGAAACCCUGGCUCUGUUUCCAUUGCAGCCGAGUGGGAUUUUGCAAGCAAAGUCAACAAGUGGUUUGACUUGGUUGGCUUCCGCAGAAACUUCCAAUUGUACUCCUUCGAGCUCUUCAUCAGAGACUGGUAAUGGCGGCGGCGUCGUCGUUGAUGAUCCUGAUCAUCAUGGGGGUGGUGGUGAGAGACCGUUCUUUGAUUUUUUCUCUGCGGGUUCUACUGAUCAAGUGUGCUGGGAGAGUAGGAGUAGUAUGUUAGACUGA